GCUGUGCUGUGCUGUGCUGCUGCUCCCUCCUAAUAACUUAUUAGUGCAAGGUACUCGGCCCCCAUUCAUCUCUUCCCAUCCAUGUAAUCCCAUGCCCAUCUCAGCAGCUCCUCGUUCCCCGUCCCGUCAUUCGCCCCAGAUCAAAGACCUGCCUCGUCCUGUGGGCUGGCCACAAUUGGACAGGUUUCUUUGGCGGGCUUGUUGCGGAGGCGGCGAGGUGAGGCUGAAGAGGCCCAGGAAAAGUUGCAGCGUGUUGGAAUUCCCCCCUCCACCCUUCCCUUCCUUCCCUUCGGUGCGACCCGCUCGCUCGCUUGCCUGCCCGUUUCCCUCAAUGCUGACAUAUGGGCUAAAUCUCCUUUCCUCCUCUUGAUUCUUUUUCAUUUCCCUGGCCGUCAUCCAAACCUGCCGCCGUUCAGAGAUAUUCCACGACGUGCGUAUGCGGCCAUGAAGAGAUAAGGGACGCCCGCCCGUUCGCUCUCGUGUCGCGCAUCCUCGCGUCUGGCAUCUUGCUACCGUCAUCGCCAACCACCACCACCACCACCACCACCACCAGCACGCCCACCUGUAUCCAGUCCAUUGCCAAAGUCGCCCGCUCACCCGUCGCGCAAAUGUCGCGUGCGAGCCAUUGAACCACCAGCGCGCGUCCGUCGCCGGCCCGCGCCGCGGCAGCCACCGAGCAUCCCCACUGCCAGUCGAGCCCCGUCGCCAUGAACCUCUCGUGCGGGCUCUUUCACCGCAGUCGUGCCAUGCGCGGCCGCCGGGACCAUGCCGCCAACGACAACCCUCGCCGCGCGCGAACCCUGUCCAUCUUUGGAAACUCGAACCCUCAUUCCCUCCGCGCCCUCGGCCGCUUGGUCGGCGUCACGGCCCUCGCCAAACCCUCCGACGAGUCCUCCUCGAGCGACGCCUCGACGGCCUGCGGCCACCCGGACCUCGACCUCGACGCCCACAUGAGCACCGACAUGCGCGAGACCCUCGAGAGCCUCUACCGCCACCUUCGCGGCCCCCACCCCCUCCUGUCCAGAGACGCCUUCUGCGCCUUUCUCAAGGACGUUCAGGGCGAGGCCGUCGUCGACCUCGACAGGGAAACCUACACAUGUGGCGAGUUUCUCUACGCCUGGAUCAAGCAGCACGGCAUCGAUGCCCUGGCCCCCCCUCCGGAAACCGACCUCUCCAGACCCCUCACCAACUACUUCAUCAACAGCAGCCACAACACGUACCUCGACGGUCAUCAGUGGACAUCGAAAAGCACCCCAGACGCCUACAAGGCCGUUCUCUCUCGUGGUUGCCGCUGCAUCGAGAUUGAUGUGUGGAACGGGGACGCCGUCCCGUCGAGGGACCGGUCCAAGUCUCCCCACGUUGAGCACAGCCGCGGCCUCUCGGGCAGCUCCCUGCCCAACGCCGCCCUCAACAUUGUCGACGCCGUCGGGGAAAGGUACGAGUCUGCAAAGUCUUACCUCGGCGACAGGCAGGCAGCCCACUCCCAUUCACGCAGCCCCAGCGCCAACAGCCGCGUCGUCGCCGACGACGUGUCGCCCCGCUCCAGCGUUGUCCUCACUCAAGACCCCCACGAGUCCAAUGACCGCCUCGACGUCGGGCGCGGCGCGGCGCGAGCGCGUGCUCGAGCGGCAAUGCCUCGGGGCGAGCCCAUCGUGACUCACGGCUGGACCCUGACUAUACCUUGCGGCUUUCGUGAGGUUUGCGAGGCCAUCAAGGAGUCUGCCUUCGUGGACAACGACCUACCCAUCAUCAUCAGCCUCGAGGUGCAUGCCGACUUGGAACAGCAGGAAGUCAUGGUCAAGAUCAUGAGAGAGGUCUGGCAAGACCUUCUCGUGAGCGAGCCCUACGAGGCGUGCGACCCCAAGUUUCGCGUCCCCACCCUCGAGGCGCUCCGCAACAAGAUCCUUGUAAAGGUGAAGAGGGCGCCGGCCAAGAUGGUCGCAGCCCAUACCGUCGGCGAAAUUCCCAUCCUGCAGCAUCCUGAAGACGACACGUCCGUCUCCGACGAGGAGCUGCCGGCGCCCUCCCGCUCGCCACGCCUCGAGAAGCCCGCCUCGGCCGCCGCGCCUGGCGCUCCUCCCGCACCUUCACCCAAGGGUGGUGUCAAGGUCCGCAUAUGUCAGAGCCUCGCCGAGCUCGCCGUGUACACCCGUAGCGAGCGAUUCGAGAGCCUUCGGACUCCGCAGGCCAAGAAGCCGACUCACAUCUUCUCCAUCAGCGAGAGCCGUAUCAGUGAUCUACACCGCAAGCAUGAGCAGGAAGUAUUUCUGCACAACAAGGGCUUCUUCAUGAGGGCCUUCCCAGAUGUUAAGCGGAUAGGCAGCUCGAACCCCGACCCGAGCCCGUUUUGGAGAAUGGGCGUGCAGAUGGUUGCCUUGAACUGGCAGAGCCUUGAUCCGGGCAUGAUGAUCAACGAGGGCAUGUUUGCCGACCAGAAGGGCUGGAUCCUCAAGCCCCCCGGCUACCAGAGCUCCGACAAGACGGCCGACACGCAGGAGCUGGCCGCGCCCGGACGGACCAUGGACCUCGACAUCACCAUCUAUGCCGGCCACAAGCUUCCCGCCCACGCCAGUGCCGACGGCGACGCCGCCCACGUCCGCAGCGGGAGCGCCAUCCGGCCCGUCGUAAAAGUCGAGCUGCACGUCGACAAGCCGGGCGGCGCGGACAAGGACGCGGGCUCCAAGGACAGUCCCUACAAGCAGCGCACCGACGCCAAGAAAUCCGUCAAUCCCUAUUUCGGGACCCACGGCAAGACGUUGCGCUUCCGCGGCAUCCCCAAGGUGGUUCCGGAGCUUGGCUUCGUAAGGUGAGUCGUCAUAUUUUCCUUGCACUGCAGGCGUUCCCUUCAACUGCUCGCCCCCCCCCCCGACUUGGACAGAAGUUGGGCACAACCGCGCGACCCAUCACAAAGUGACUUCAUCGCCCCAUGACUGAAACCGACGUGGUCCUGCUCAUUUGCAACACUUGCCUGGCGAAUUUUGUGACUGCUCGCAACCUUGCCCAACUUGCUUUUGUCCCCGGCCCGCUGAUGGUUUCGGCUCGCGACCGGAGUCCUGGCGGGUCCGCCGAGGGCUCGGACUGUCUGUCACCUUGUCCGUCUGAAACACACUCGUGCCUAGUGACGGACGGGAGAGUACUCGGCGCCACGAGCGGCAUCUUCAACGAUUGAUUCCAUCGCGCCUUAUCCAGAGGCUGGCCGACCACGUCUCCGCCUCCAAUCACCUCCAAGCGGGUACUGACGCUGGGCCCCGGGGGGAGGGGAAGGCGUGUGCGGCCUUACAUGUCGCCCAGUUUCAUCCCAGAUCGUCCCGUUGCAUGUUGCACACUUCCAUACGGGUCCAGCUAGCCUCCAAUGCUUACUUACUUCUCCUCACCAUGACUUGGAGUAUCGACCACCUGGCUGACUUGUUUCUCGACACCGCUCCGCAGGUUCAAGAUCGAAGACGAGUCUCGGACCCCCCUUGGCAGCUCUCCCUUGCUCGCCUGGGCGUGCAUUCGCCUCGACCGCUUGCGGGCUGGUUACCGCUUUAUACGGCUCAUGGACAGCAAGGGUCACUCGAUACCGGGUGGCAAGCUCCUUGUCAUGGUGUCCAAGUCACUGCGCUGAGCAGUGUUUUCGGCUUACCUCGUCGGUGCUGAGCGUGGCUGAGUCUCUUUGUUUUGUGCGUGGCACGCCCGAUUCUCCAUGGAAAAAGGCGCUGUUUAGUCGCUGCCUGCGAGCGUCGGGCGGCGACUCACGCUCCGUAGGUCAUGGGAGGAUUCUCCGCCCGGCGUUUUUGGUUCUUUUUUGCUUCUCGGGGGUCAAUGGAGUGAGGGGCAGUAUUAUCCUUUCCUGCCCGGCCGAAAAGAUAUCCUGGAGAUGAGCUAUUUGCAUCGACCACAUUUUGCUUUUGACCUCCAUUGUUUUUCCGGGCCAGGUACGGCAUCAGAAUUCUCGAGGGACUUGAGGAAGGGGGGAGGCAUAGCGAGAAGGCAUCGAAGUGAGCCGUCCUCAGCUGGCGUUGCGGUGAUUUGGAGCGUAUCUUGGUUUACUUACCGCGCCGAUGGAUUUCGGGGCAGAAAUGGGACAUGUUCGUGACAGGACAUCAUCCACGCUCCAUGUGCCCAAAACGAGGCUUUGACCUCGCCGUCGUGUAACUCGAAUCAUUGUUGGAGUCGCACAGGCAAGACUCUUGUGAGACUUGGGCAUCCCCCCCGAAUAAUCUCGCGGGUUUUGCGGCUCGGGAAUAUCAUGAGCAGCCGCCAAGAUGUCCCGCUAGAAUGAAUGAGCCGACCC